UUCAACCCUAGAAACUAAAACGCUCCCUUUCUCAUCCGCGAUCCUCACUCUUUUUUUUUUCUCAAUAACUUUUAUCUUUGAUUAAUCUUCCAUAUUAGUUUUUAUUUCUUCGUGUCAAUCUCUGUUUUGGUGUGAUUACUCUGUUUUAAUUAAUUUACCUGGAAAAAUAAUGGAGUUUACGGAUAUCUCGAAGACGAGUUUUCAUCAUCAGGCGUCGUUGCAAAGCAUUUGGGAUUUUGGAGAGGAAGAGAAAAAUUCGUUAGGGUUUAUGGAGUUACUAGGUUCUCAGCACCAUUCAUUCCUUUUCGAAACGCUCCAACCGCAAACGCAACCGUUUGAGAAACUGUCUUCUUCUGGUUUGACUAUUCUUCAAGCCCCACCCUCAAACGCGACUGCUGAUAAUUAUGUGACGUCAAAAGUGGAACCUCUUUGUUCGGAUAUAAACCCACCGCCGACACCAAACUCCUCUUCGAUUUCUUCGGCGUCAAGCGAGGCUGUAAACGAAGACAAAGCCAAAAGAGAAGACGAUGAGGAACAUGAACAGAAGAAGAGUGAUAUUAAUAAACAGUUGAAACCAAAGAAGAAUAGCCAGAAGAGGCAGAGAGAGGCAAGGGUAGCCUUCAUGACGAAGAGUGAGGUUGAUCAUCUCGAAGAUGGUUAUCGCUGGAGAAAAUAUGGUCAGAAAGCUGUUAAAAAUAGUCCUUUCCCCAGGAGUUACUACCGUUGCACAACGGCCUCAUGUAACGUGAAGAAGAGAGUCGAGAGAUCAUUCCAAGAUCCAAGCACAGUGGUUACAACCUACGAAGGUCAACACACACACAUUAGUCCACUCACGUCUCGUCCAAUUUCCUCCGGAGGCUUCUUCUUCGGAUCAUCAGGGGUUGCUUCGAAUCUCGGUAACUUUGGGUUUCCAAUGGAGAGCUCGACACUAUUAUAUCCUCAAUUCCAACAGCUUGUCCAUUACAAUCAACAACAGCAACAACAAGAACUGUUGCCUUGUUUUGGAGGAGUUGGCGAGUACGUUACUAGACACGCCGAUGCAUAUGGUGAUGAUGAACUUGUGAAGAAGAGUCGAGGUUUGGUCAAAGAUAAUGGGCUUCUUCAAGAUGUUGUCCCGUCUCAUAUGUUGAAUGAAGAGUAAUUAUAUUCCUUAAUUAAUGCUCUAGUAUUGUAAUCUAUAAUAUUUAAUCUAGGUUUUGUAUAAUUGUCUAAAGAAACGGAUCUUUCGUUCCCAUUAGGGAGCAUGAGGAUCUUUAAAACUGAA